CCAAUUCACGGAGUUCAAAAUCUAGCGGGAGAAGCGGGCAUCGACGGUCGAUCUGGCCCCCCGGGAGAACGAGGUGACCCGGGGUCAGUCGGGCGCAUCGGCUAUCCCGGCCCAUCCGGAGCGACUGGGCGUCUGGGUAUGAAGGGCAAAGAGGGGCCAAAGGGUGUGCAAGGUGACCAGGGACCGAUCGGGGAGGCUGGCCGAAAGGGCCAGAUGGGUAUGAAGGGUGUGAAGGGGCAACGCGGCCGCAGUGGUACUUCCGGCAAACAGGGCGAAAGAGGCGUUCGAGGAGAAGUCGGUGGAAUCGGUAUCAAGGCGAGUUUUUAUUUUCCCAUCUGCAUGUGA